UCGACACUCGGACGACUACGCCUGGCCACAAUGCCCUCACACCUCUCCCGUCUUCCCCGCCCAGCGCACACGCAGCCCGCCCACAGUCCACUCAAGCCUGGUCUUCCCCUGGACAAGUCAAAGGCCAAACAUGUCUCUCUUAUCAGCUCUAAGCUAGUAACAGGUCCUCGAACGAGCAGGUGUUCGAACAUUGACCACGCUCAGUCCAUCCGAGACACCACUACUCCGACCCGCAUUCCCUCCCACGCUCGCCUCAGUAACGGAAUAUGUGCACCCGCUACCCCGAUUUUUGCUUCCUGUUCGCUAGCGGGGACUCCCAAGCUUCCAGAGAUUCCCAAAAAGACGCUACUAUCUCAGGAUCCAAACGAUGAUGAUGAGCUGCUGAAAGAGUUGGAGCUUACUUUUGUUGAAGAUGAUGAUGAAGCUGGAGCGGAGCACAUCAUUAAUGGGAGGAAAGGACAUGAUGGCCGCCGUUCGGAAACUCGCGGCAGAAACUAUGAGUCUUUUGUUGCAGCUACAGAACAUAAAAGACACACCCAUCAUCACCAGCUACCCAGGUCCACACUACCCUCAUCCUCACAUCUUCGCAAAUCCCUUGUCGAAUCAAAGAGACAGCUUGAGCUUACCAAGAAGCAACGCAGUGAACUGGACUCAAGGAUCGUAAAGCUGGAAAGAGAACGGAUGGAGAGUGCCUGGGCCGAAGUGGAGAGGAUGGCCAGUGCAGAGCUUGAAGAAGUUUGCAAAGCCAAAGAGCUGUUGCUCCAGUUGAAGAGUGAUAUCGAUUCAGAAGAUUACGACGCAUAUACCUGUUGAAAUACAUUACACUGUACACUAUCUCCAUAUGAUCAUUCCUUGUAAUACCCCUGCGAUAGAUUUAUGACAAC